AUCCUAUCCUUUAAGCAUUCUUCAUGACCAUAAUGCUUCUCCUUGGUUUCAUACUCCUACUACCUUUCGUUCAGGCAACGAUACAACUGGAUGACAGCGUAUCACACUACGAUAUUAUGAUAGCAUCAAAUUCAACGAGACCAUUGGUUGCGAGUUCAAGUGUCAAGUUCAAACACUUUGAUCAACUUUACUAUUGCCAUUUUGUGGGGAAUGCUGAUCAAAAAGACCUUUCUUUGAGCGAAAGUAGUUACCAGUCAGAUCUUGAGAGUACUGUGGCCACUUUAUGGUCGUUGGGAGACACCUAUGCAAAAGAGAAUAAGAUGAAAUGUCUUUAUCAAUCAUCCAGUGAUUAUUGGAAGUACAGCUUUUGUCUCGAUGGCAAUAUCACACAAUUUAGAGGGUUUAAGAAACUUUUUGGAGUAUCCACUGAUACAUCUUUAAUAGACCCAGACAAGCCCUUCUUCACCUUGGGAAGCUUCGAGAACGCAAAUAAAAAAGAUUAUACUAAUUUCAAUUUAGUUUCAAACUAUGAUGGUCCGAUCUAUCUUGAGCAAACCAUUGGCGGAGGAGAUAUUUGUGAUAAGACAGGCAAACAAAGGAUCUCUACCAUUCGAUAUCGCUGCGAUGAGGCUCACCCAGGAGCUAAAUUACUAUCGGUGAGAGAAAUCAAAACCUGCCGCUACGAAGUUCAGGUUUAUCUUCCUGAAAUCUGUAGUUCUCCCUUGUUCAAAAGUCGGCCUUCGAAAAAAGAGCAAGUGUUCUGUGAAGCUGAGGAUACUGCUGUAUCUUCAAAACCAAAAAUUUUGGACAUCAAGUCUGUCAACCUCAUUCCUCUUGGAUAUGGCGUUUAUCUGGGACUAGACGAAACAAAUCCGGAGCGACCUAAUGUUCUAAUAACCAACAAACGAGUUCCUAAUAUUAAUAGCUCCGAGAUUAUUCAUGAAUUACUUGGCGAUGCAGCAAAGGCGUUUGCAAAUCUAAUUUCAAAGUCCUUGAUAUUUCAUCCUGACCAAACCGAGCCAGGACGACAUGUAUCUGGCAAAGACUCUUUUACUUAUACCACGUCAAUAUUUGGCGUAGGGGGAGUACAUCUAUUCGAUAUGAUGAUACUACAGGACGAACGUGGCAAGAUUGUCGCUCAGUUAAUUUCUGAUGGCACACCACCCAAAAACUUUAUCGAAUUCAAUGGUGUUGAAGUAUGAUCAAGCAAAUUAUACCCUAAGAUAAAUGACUUCUGGAAGUAAAUUCAGCGGCGCCUUUUCAUUGGUCUGUUGUAAGUUGCCAUUUGCACGGCCUGCGAGUUGUGAGCAUCGCUCAUCAUUGAUGAUGGUAACGAACCGUUGUAAUUGUGUUGCAGCACUGGUAUUUUAGAACUUGGUUCAAUUUCUAAACUCCGUGGUUGAACAUUUUUGUGCUUUAUUAUUCCCGUUAUCAUGCGCCUUAGCUGGUUAAAUCUAAUAGUCUCGAUCUUACUCGGCUUGAAUAUCUCCCUUUUACCAGCUGCGCCGCCUCUAAAACGUUCACGUCUUAGCUGGUUCAAUUCUAAUAAGAGCUUGGUGAUCGUUUUUUGGGCACAAUUAUCAUUGACAGCUUGCUGCUCGUCUUCAUCAAUUACAUUUCCAGCAUUCCAUUGGAUGAUUUUUUCUAAAUCUAUUGGUCCCGAAUCCAGUUCAAUAUCUUCCUCGCUAGCUUCGUCUAUACCAUUUUGAGUCUGAUCGUGCUCUACCUGGUCAGCCGGAAUGCUAGCAUCCACGAUUGCUGGUUCUGCCUUUAUGGUUUCUUGCUCCAUUGCAACCUGCAACUUUCCUGCUCCAUUUGUAGCGCAUGUAAUUGCUGGUGACUUCCCAGCAUCAACUUCGUUUUCUUCAUUUUGCUCCUUCUCAAGUUGUUUUUUGAUCUCCAAUACUCUUUUGAGGCCAUAGUGCUGCAGCCAUAUAAGACCUUUCCACUCAUUGGAAAUGAUAGACCGACUUUCGUCAUACAUUGGUGCAAAAGAGAAAGCAUCAUCGUUAAAUCCAUGCUUGAUCCAUUGAGAGACAGGAAUAUUGUACCAAUUUGGAUGGAAACUUUGUGAGAGGAUCUCCGUUGGCAGAGCUUGCUGGUUGAUCGGAGUCUGACAUAACUGCGAUAAAUUUUCUGAUUUUGAACCUAAGAGACUUGGAACAACUGUCAAGGUUUCAACGGGUACGUCAUCAUCCAAAUUCGGCUUUCUGUCGUCCAACUCAGAGAUGCGCUUGUUCAACGAGGAGAAGAAAGGAACGCCAUUAGCCGCCGUUAACAAAAGUGCAUCACCCGACUUGUUGAAAUAGGAAGUGGUUAUUAGCUCGAAGUCGCGGACGAUGGCUUUUCUCAGACUCGUUCUUAUAUCAUCUUCAUUUUCUAUCUCCUGUUUAUUUGCCUUCUGCUUAAUCUCAUUACGAAAAGAUCUUCUAGUUUCUCUCUCUUGUAGAACCACUGUACUAUCAAGUCGUAGGCUUUCCUUUAACAAAAGCUCCACGGCAAUAUGAUAAAAACGAUCAAUUUGCACAUGAUCAGCUUCUGAGUUUUUGCUCGAAUAAGCAAUCAAUGAUGCAAUCUUUAUGUCAUGGUAAAUUUGAUAGAUGGACUCGUACUCAGCAGAAUCGAAUUUGUCUUCAAUGCUGACAUCCUUAGUAAAGUCGUUUCCAGUCAAAUCCAAAAAGUUAAGGAAAUUACUUGUUAUUUGCUUCGGAUCGUUUUCGAAAAACUUAUCAUUUUUUGGUAAUUGAAUGGAGAGGACUUCGUGAGUAUCUAUCUCUUUUAAAACUUUUACGAGAUCUGUGAAGAAAAGGUUGAACCUUAGUCUGUCGUCUUUCCUCAUCUUCACCACAAGAGCUUCUCCAGUUGCUGACAACAAUCAAUUUGUAUUCACACCUUGAUCCUAUGGGUUGGUGUCUUACUUAAUGAUACUUCAAAAGAUAAUUUCCCGGUAGUGUGGUGAAACC